AUGAGCAAGAUAAAGCUUGGUAAGGACUAUCCUAUUAUGCUGACCAGUAUGGCCAACCUGGCAUCAACAUACUGGAACCAGGGCCGCAAGAUAAAACUUGGCAAGGAUUACUUCUCUACGCUGACCAGUAUGGCCAAUCUGGCAUUAAUAUACUGGAACCAGGGCCGGUGGGAGAAGGCCGAGCAGCUUUUUAUAUGGGUGAUGGAGACAAAUAAGAUAAAACUUGGUGAGGACUAUCUCUUUAUACUAACCAGUAUGGCCAACCUGGCAUCAAUAUACAGGAACCAGGACUGGUGGGAGAAAGCUGAGCAGCUUGAGAUGCAGGUGAUGGAGAUAUACAAGAUAAAGCUUGGCGAGGAUCAUCCCGACACGCUGACUAGUAUGGCCAACCUGGUGAUAGAGACAGGCAAGAUAAAACUUGGUGAGGACUACCCCUCUACGCUGACUAGUAUAGCCAACCUGGCAUUAACAUACAGGAACCAGGGCCGGUGGGAGAAGACUGAGCAGCUUUUUGUACAGGACCACCCCUCUACGCUGACCAGUAUGGCCAACCUGGCAUCAACAUACAGGAACCAGGGCUGGUGGGAGAAGGCUGAGCAGCUUGAGAUACAGGAUCACCCUGAUAUGCUGACCAGUAUGGCCAACCUGGCAUCAAUAUAUAGGAACCAGGACCGGUGGGAGAAAGCUAAUAUGGCCAACCUGGCAUCAACAUACAGGAACCAGGGCCGGUGGGAGAAGGCCGAGCAGCUUGAGAUACAGGUGAUAGAGACAAGCAAGAUAAAGCUUGGCGAGGACCACCCCUCUACACUGACCAGUAUGGCCAACCUGGCAUCAACAUACAGGAACCAGGGCCGGUGGGAGAAGGCCGAGCAGCUUGAGAUACAGGUGAUGGAGACAAGCAAGAUAAAGCUUGGCGAGGACCACCCCUUUACACUGACCAGUAUGGCCAAUCUUGCUUUUACCUGGAAAUCUUUAGGUCAGUAUGCUGCUGCUCUUGAGUUACUCAAAGUGUCAUUAGCGAAGCAGAAACAAGUUCUAGGACUUGAUCAUCCCGACAUUUCGUCAAAUCUACAGACCUUGCAGCAAUGGGAGACCGAGGAAUUUGGCACCAACAGGUAA